GCUGUUUUUGCAAGAAAAUAAUAACAAAUUUAGUAGAAAUGCUGGUUUUUCUCCUUCUGUCCCUCGUAUCGCUGACUGUCAGCUAUGAAGUAUCACUGGAACACUUCCAACAGUGGGCCUUCGACCACGGCAAGACAUACGAGAGUGGAACAGUGCGUGCCAUGAGAACGAUGAUUUGGCUGGACAAUGCUGCGUUUGUGAAACAGAAGAACGCCGAAAACAACGGAGCAACCUUCAAACUCAAUCAAUACGCUGACAUGACUCACGAGGAGUACAAGGCAAUGUUGUCCCCUGUCACUGAUGAUGCUAUCACUAGGGCUACUAAAGACAUGAUCGCUCUCGCCCUGCCACCCUGGGUUAACAUCCCCAAAACCAUGGACUGGAGGGACCAGAAAGCUGUGACACCUGUUAAAAACCAGGGGUCCUGUGGAUCUUGUUACUCCUUCAGCACCACUGGGGCUCUGGAGGGAGCCUGUGCUAUCAAGACUGGAACACUCAAGUCCUUCUCCGAGCAGCAGAUCAUGGAUUGCAGUUGGAACUAUGGAAACAACGGAUGCAAUGGUGGUAUGUUUGACAGAGCCUUCUAUUACAUCAUGGAACAAGGAGGUAUCGACAGCGAAGCAGCAUACCCUUACACCAUGAAGGAAUCCGACAAGUGCAAAUACGAUGCCAAAUCUAAAGCAGGUCAGGUCACCAACUACUACUACGUAAAGCAGGAGGAUGAGGAUGCACUGACUGCUGUACUGGCGCUCAAGGGACCCGUGGCUAUUGCUAUCAACGCUGGACAGAGGGACUUCCAGUUUUACAACUCUGGAGUAUAUGAUAACCCUGCUUGCGACGCCUCCCUGAACCACGGUGUCCUGGCUAUUGGAUACGGAACUGAUACCGACUCAGGAAAAGACUACUUCCUGGUGAAGAACUCCUGGGGUACCCAGUGGGGUCUGGAUGGAUACAUCAAGAUGAGACGAAACAAAGACAACCAGUGCGGUAUCGCUACUUACCCCAGCAUUCCCGAAUGUUAAACACAAGGAUUUAUUUUAAAACAGAUCUUAAAAUACAGGGGAUGUUUUGACAGGGUUGUGUCGUUCAGAGGAGAUAGGUUUUAUUGAACGUUUUUGUUUUCUUUUUUUGGAUUUUCUAUAAGUUUGUAUACUGUUCUUAUUACUGUAACUUUUUGUAUUAUGUAACCUUAGUAUUAUGUUUUCU